ACAGCAACAGCAGCAGCAACAGCCGCAGCAACAGCCGCAGCAGCAACAGCGAUCCUCAAAGUCGGAUAUUAUCGAGGAGCCGGCAUCCCCGCACAACCUUGAAGCAGCCGACGCUGAUGGUCAACAGGCUCGACGUGCGUGUGUCUCGCCGCGAGCGCGUGCCCGUUGCCAGGUGAUAUUUUCGAGCUCGCGCUACGAGCUGACUCAGUGGCAGCCAAUCUGUGAGUCGCGCCAGGUGUGGGAGCCGCUGGAUCGCACUCGGCGGCAUCUAGAUCCGAGCAAUCCCAUGCCACCAGCGCCGCCGGGCUUUGAGCACGUCUGCACGGGCAAGCGAGCGCUGUCCAAUCGCUCGCGCAAGCUGCUGGGCGAGCUGCCGACGAUGGAGCCACAAAUGGACUACGAGACGCCAACACCCAUGGAGUUGCCAGAGCGCGAGCUGCGGGAGCAGCAGCAUUUCAUAGCCAAGCAUGACACCCAUCUGACGAGCCGCCUGGCCCAAUUGCGCGUGACCAACGGAGCAACUGGUGAUGGCUACUAUAUGCGGCCAGUGACUAAGCUAGCGCCCAAGAUUGUCAAGGUGGUGGAGCCGCCCAAAUACCAUCCCGUCUUUCAGCCGAACGUCUCCUACUGGGAGCUCUUGCGCCGCAAUCAGAACAAAGCCAAGGCCUUGGCCGAUGAUAUGGAGCAGACAAUGCCCAAUGCUGCCACGAAGGCCAGCGACGAGGUGCCCUUGAUGCAGAUCCAGAAGAUCCAGCCGAUUUUCGGCAAUCAGGAUAUCUAUGCCGACCAGCUGCUCUUCCAGGCCAAGCCAACCUUCACUCCCGAUGGCCCGUUGGCUGACCCGCAACAACAACAACAACAACAGUUUACAAAGCUCAUGACUGACAUGUCGGGUGCGACGGGCGACCGCUUGUUGAGCAAUCAGCUCUAAGUAUCUUGCAUCUUGCCAUGAGGAAUCCUCCACAGCCUGCUUUGGAGGCUUCCUGCACAUAGUGUGAGAUUCAAUGAACAAAAUUCUUUGGAGGAGGCCAGUUUGAAACCUUUCCCAAUUUUUUUUUUAUUUUUUUAAUAAACUCCAAGAACAGCCAAUGCAUGAAAUGAAUCCUAGCUCU